AUGACGCGUGCUCAGCAGACCAUUUCCCUCGGACUCCUCGUCUCCUCUCUCUACCUCGCACUGUACUUGGAGUUGAUUCCUCUUCCUCCUCUGGUCCAGCAGCAGGUUGUCCCCGUUCUCCCCUUCUGGGCCCUCGUCUCCUUUGGCGCUCUCCUCCUUUUCCGUCUCGGCUGGGGUAUUCUGACGUUUAACGAUGUUCCCGAGGCGCAUCGGGAGCUUAUGAAAGAAAUCGACUUGGCCAAGGUUGAUCUGAGAAAGAUGGGCGUCGAUGUCGACUAA